CAACCAUGUUUAGUGCAUGAUAUUUGUUGUCAUCUUGACACAUUGUCAAACUGUAACCAAAAAGUUUCUAGAUCACGGUUGCUAUCGCAGCAGGUUCACAGGAAAGACCGUACAGGAAAGACUGGUACAGGAAAGUGGUCUGGCUGUUGUUGGGACACGUGACUGAGAAAAGACUGCGCUGAUCUGUUUUGACCCGGGGACAUUGUUAGAGAGAGGGGUAGAGAGCACACCAACGAGUUUAUUGCUAAGAAAAAGCACACAAUAUAAUUUUGUUGCGAACGGUAUGCGCCUGUACUGUGUAAUUGAGUUGGACGAAGUUCGCUAGUCAGAGAACCGUUGUUUUGGAAGAAGGAAAAAAGCUCGCUAGCCACUGCGACAAGUUGGAAAAUAAAUGGUCAUCUUGUUUUCUGACAAACUUUUGAUUUGAGAGAAAGCUAGUCAACAAUAACUAGGUAACUGACACGGGUCGUGGCUACUUUACCUCACUAUGUUUCAAGACGACAAGUGGAACUGAUGCUUCUGGACAACACGGCGUUUAGCUAACGUUGGCUGUUUUUCAGAAUGAUCGGUUGAACGAGGUCUGUCCUUUCCCGGAGCCCAUUGUUAUCGGAGGUGAUCACUCUACCUGCGGGUGGGGUGUUUUGUUUGAGACGGUCGGCAUCAGAUCAGAUGCCUGUGUGUUGUUUGUUUGGUCAGCUAGCUAAAGCCACGGUAGCUAAGCCAAAUAGGUGAGGUUACAGUAGCACAGCAAGCUGAGAGAGAUGCUUCGUGACGGGACUACUGUCGUGGUUUUGGUGGUGGAAUUUGAGACGUUUAUUUUUGGGGGGUGGACAGUCAGAUUGUCAGCUCAAUGCCUUGUUGGCUAGCUAGGUGGUUGAUGAAGCAAUAACUCGGAGCUAAUCUAAUGUUUGACGGUCAGAUUUAGCUAGCUAGCUCAACUGUUCGCUGGCCAGUUAACAGUGGAUCUGACUCGAUGGACCUGUACAGUAGCAGUUUGGUAACAAAGCGUUGCUUUGUCGGAUAAAUAAGGGGGCGAUUGGCAGCAUACAGGCUACCCAGCUGGUAUUGUUGCUUAAUGCAAUAAGUCAGCAAUCCUUUGGAAGAUUUGGAUCCACACAGUCAGACACAGCAGUAUAUUGCUGUCAGGGCUGUGUGGACGGGAGUCUUCAGACCGAAGACAGACAGGCUGCCAGAUUCCCAGAGGGAUCGAGAUGACACUGGCUAACAUGAAACCAGAGCGAGACGUGGUGGUGGAGGAGUUCUUUGAGUACGAUGCUGAGGACUUCCUGGUGUUCCUGACCCUGUUGAUCACUGAGGGACGGACCCCAGAAUGUUCUGUGAAGGGUCGCACAGAGGGGCUGCACUGCCCCCCUGCAAAGUCCGCCCUGCCGCCCCUACACAGGCACGAGUGCAGUGACAAACUGCCACAGUGUGUGCAGGCGCGGCGUGUGCGCUCGGAGGUGUGUGUGUUGUGGAGGAACAGUAUUCCCAUCAUGGUGGAGGUGAUGCUGCUGCCAGACUGUUGCUAUGGAGAUGAGAGUCCCCCUAGUGACCCCAUCAGUGACCCAGCGAUCAAACAAGAUGCUCUGCUACUGGAGCGAUGGACUCUGCAGCCUGUACCACGACAGAGCGGUGAUAGGUUUAUAGAGGAGAAGACUCUGCUGUUGGCUGUUCGUUCCUACGUCUUCUUCUCCCAGCUCAGUGCCUGGCUCAGUGCUUCUCACGGCAUUGUACCGCGAAACAUCUUGUAUAGGAUCAGUGCAGCAGAUGAGGAGUGUGUCUGUCAGUUCUCCCAGCCCCCAGCGGAGCACCUGUUCCCUGUCCCUAACGUGUCUCAGAGUGUUGCCCUGAGGCUCAGGGUCCAGUCACUCCCCCGUCAGCCCACCUACCCCACCCUGGCCUGUAGCAUACACACCGGCCUGACCCUGGCCCCACUCUACAGCAAGACCCCCAGCCUUAAGCCCAACCUCAGCCCUAACCUCUACAGCAAGACACCUAGCCUUAACCCAGGCCUGAACCCUAACCAGCCUCUGUACGAGAGGAGCCACAACUCUAAAGAGAGCCACAACAGAGCGGCUCUGCCUUUCUCUGGCCUCCCCUUCCCCAGUCCUCCCAGUCUCCCCCUGCCCAGUAAGAGAGGCCCGGACCCCACAGACAGCCAUGGUCAUUCUAGCCAGAAUGGAUCAGACCUCCCCCGGGUCAAUAAGGGGCAGACAUCAUCCGCCUACCACCUCCCCAUCUCCCCACGGCCCUCCCCCCGCCCCCACAGGAAGCUGUCCUCCACUCUGCCCCUCCCCCCUGGGGGAAAGACUGUCAGGUGGCUCUAUUCCCUCACCUCAGACCCCUCCGAUGACAUCACACACACCACCGAGGAUUAUGGGAAGGCCGUCAACGGGGCCGAGAGCUCCAAGGGGCGUGGCUCCGAAGCCCCCCGGGCCUUUAAGACUUAUUCUUUGGCAGAGCCCCCGCGGUGCCCCUCCCCCAGACCCUCCUCUGAGACCAAUCCUCUGAUUGGCUCGCUGCUCCAGGAGAGACAGGAAGUCAUUGCCCGCAUCGCUCAGCGCCUCAACUUCUGCGACCCGACCGCCCCCCAUCUCCCCCCUGCCCUCUUCACCCCCGACACCCCCACCAAGACCCCUGUCCGGAGCAGUUACCUUGGCAACACCACGCUCAGCAAGACCAAAGGGCCAGAGGGAGCUCCACCCACUGAGGACACCCCGCCCUCCCCUUUCGACACACCCAUUGGUGACGCAGCGGCUAUUAUCAGGGAGACGCUGUCCCCGAAACCUGUUGCCUGCCGCAGACUGAGACUCCCAGAGGACAGAGAUGGAGAGAGACACAGAGUCAGGGAGACACUGAGAGACCUGGAGACACAGAGAGACAGAGAGGCAUUGAGAGACCGACAGCGAGAGCGAGACAGUAGUCUCUUGUCUCAUGCUGUUCAGGACAUUACCAGACUGAUUCAGGACAGACUGUCUGUCCCCUCUCUGUCCCCAACACACAGCCGCAGCAGCAGCCCGCUACACAAACCACAUACACACAGCACACACACGCUGUGCACUGACACACACACCACACACAGAGGCAACAGUCAUAGCAGUGGCCACUGCAACGGCUACACGCCCAGCCAUGACACACACACUCCCUCACACACACCUGCUAGCACAGACAGAGCUGGUGCUCCUCCAGAGACAGACGGUCACGGUCCAAUCAGAGCCCAGAACGGCUGUUCAACACUUGAAGAUCCUCAAGUCAGCCCCCGACUCCAAAUCCUGCUCCAGUCUUCUUCUCUAGUCAUCCCACGGCCUCUACCCCAGCCACAGUCUUCUCCUCUAGUCAUCCCACGGCAUCUACCCCAGCCCCAGUCUCAGGCCUCUCCACUACUCAGCCCCAAGAGUCCCAGGGCCAAGACCCCAAAGAGUUUACACCCCAACCGCCCCCAAGAGGAGCCCAGACCCUCCUCUCCUAAAGAUAACAUCCUGAGGACCAUCCAGACCCUGACAGUGACCCAGACCACCACCCUGACCCAGACCACUGCACAGACCUUGACCACCAAGUUCACCCACACCCAGACCACUGCUCUCAUCCAGAACCACAUGAAACCUUUGACUCAGUCUCACAACCAGACCCAGACAGUUUCUCGAACUCCACCCUCACGGACUCAGGGCAGCCCUCGAACCCAGUCCUCUAGUCUCCAGGAUGAGAACCAGCCCCCCCCAGGUUCCAAGUCCUCCAGCCCCCCCGGUCCUGCUACCACACCCCCUGGCACAGAGCCCAACACUGUCCUGCGUUCUCCCUCGCCCCUGAGACCUUGUAACAGUCGGAGGAAACACAACCGUCACUCUCUGGACUCCACCCUCACCAAGGCCUUCCACCCCUGUACCGGCCUGCCCCUGCUCUCCAGCCCUGUUCCUCAGAGGAGAACUCAGACUGGUUACUUUGACCUGGACUCUUCUCUGACCAGCUGUAAAGGACUGCCCUGGACCGCAGGGAAGAGAGUGUGUGUGAAGAGAGUGGAGGAGUCAGAAGAACCUCAGCCGCUGUUCAGUGCCAGUGCUCCACCUGCCAGCCUCAGUCUACUGGGCAACUUUGAGGAGUGUGUGUUGAACUACCGCCUGGAGCCGUUGGGGUCGGUGGAGGGUUUCAUGGCCGAGGUGGGUGCUUCCGGAACCUUCUGCCCCAGUCACAUGACCUUCCCCGUUGACGUUUCCUUCUACAGCAUCUCUGACGACAACGCACCCUCGCCAUACAUGGGAGUUAUCAACCUGGAGACUCUGGGUAAACGGGGCUACCGUGUCCCUCCAUCAGGAACCAUUCAAGUGACCUUAUUUAACCCCAAUAAGACGGUGGUGAAGAUGUUUGUGGUGGUGUAUGACCUGAGAGCCAUGCCUGCCGGCCACCAGACCUUCCUCCGUCAGAGGACCUUUUCUGUCCCCGUUCGACGGGACAGCACACACUCACACAAACACGGCAGCCCAGACAACACACACACACCCGGCAGCAGCAGGAAAGCCCUCUCCCUCGGCCAGGAACGCAUCCUGCGCUACCUCAUUCACCUGAGGUUCCAGACCUCCAGGUCAGGUAAAGUGUACCUCCACAGGGAUAUCAGACUGCUGUUCAGUAGGAAGUCUAUGGAGGUAGACAGUGGAGCGGCCUACGAACUCAAGUCCUACACAGAGUCCCCAGCUGACCCAGCCUUCUCCCCGCGCUGCUGACACACACAUACACACACACACCUCUAUCUGCACUGACACACACACACACACACACACUCCUCUAUCUGCACUGACACACACACUCUUCUAACUACACUGACGCAUACACGCACACCCACAGAGCUGUCAGAGAGCUGGGCUCAGAGCGUUCUCAUGUGGAACAGUCCAGACAGGCUCCGUCCCAGAUACCUAAGGCCUGGAGAUUUUGCUGACCAUCUGACCAUGAACAACUCCUGGCCCUACAGAACCCUGCUGUUUUCUGUGACGCUCAAACACGUAUUUAUACAUGUAGAAAAUGUAUAUUAAAGACAUGCUAAAACACACAUCAAAAACACGUUAGCGACCAUGGACCACUGACUGACCAGAACAAGCAAUCAAGAGACUGAGAAAAUGACAAGACGACAUUGAAAAAGCGCACUGUGUAUUUCCACGACUGGAAAUCAAAAGGAGUAAUAUUCUGUUUUUUUUGUACUGUUACAAAAACAAAUCUUUAAAGUGUUGCAAUAGAGAGUAACAUGUAGCUUUAGUGUUUACAUCAUUUUCUUCGUUUACCGUCAGUUAUUUAAUAUUUAAAUGAAUAUUUCAGUUACUGCUUUUAUGUGACAUCUAUCAUCCUCAGCAUUAUGAUCUAGUGCAAAACUCUGUAAAUCAUAAUGUGUAUUUUUGACAUUAACUCAGAUCUGAAAAUAUAUCUAUAUCUUAAAGCAAUCUUGAAAGCUG